UUUUAGGCUAGGUUGCCCGCUAGGCUACCAUUAGGGAUUCCGCCAUUCCUAAAUCCCAAUUUUCCAUUUGCCUAUUCCACUCGUCUUCUGAGUCUGCUCUACCCAAGUUCCCUUCCCAAGUUCGCAGUUCGCAAGUCGCAACUUCGCCGGCAGCCGGCACUCCCUGACUCCCAGUCCUAGUUCCCUACCCACUUCGCAGUUCGCACACAAUCGGCGACGGCGAGUUCGAAGCUCCUGUUCCAGAUCGGCAGAUCCAGUCUUCCCCUCCGGACUUCGGCUUCCACCUUCCAACUUCGCAGCUCGCAGACUCGCAGUACUCCUUUGGACCUUCCGCCCUUCAGAUGGUGUGAUAUUUCUAGCUCAAGCUCUUUUGCUAGUUUAGUCCUUUGGAAUCAUGGUUGGCUGGCAGAGACAUAUACAGUCUGUACUCCGUCACAUUGGGAAAAGAGUGGAGUGCAGUUACAAUUUACCUGCUAACUACUCUUGUUUUCCUGCCAAGUCUUCUUUAGUACUAGGUGAGUCAUGCUAUUUACAGAGAUUCUGGAAGUCACCAUCUGCAAAUAUCUCCAGACCUUUUUAUGAUUACUUACAGCAGCUGGGCAUUUCUAGUUCAAGAGAGUUACAGGCAAGUUCUGAUGAUUUAGCACCUGUCUCUUCUCUGUUGACACCUGUUUCGGCAUCAAAUGCUGAAGCAACUGAAAACAAAAAGGCUGUUUCCAAGCCUGAAAAGGUUCAAGCAGUUCUAAAGGGAAUAAAACAGAGUCCAAAGAAGCUCAACUUGGUUGCGGCUUUAGUUCGUGGCAUGCGUGUUGAAGAUGCGUUGCUGCAGUUGCAAGUGACAGUAAAACGAGCUGCAAAAACAGUUUAUCAGGUUAUACACUCGGCCCGGGCAAAUGCAACACAUAAUCACGGGUUGGAUGCAGAACGGCUUCUUGUUGCUGAAGCAUUUGUUGGAAAGGGUUUCUUUAAAAAGAGAAUGAGUUACCAUGCUAAAGGGAGAUGUGGGAUAAUGGUGAGACCCGAGUGUAGACUCACAGUGAUUGUGAGGGAGAUAACUGCUGAAGAGGAGGCUGAGAUAGCAAGGCUGAGGGUGUCUAAUUUCUGCAAGCUCACUAAGCGGGAAAGACGUCUUGUUCCGCACAAACUUAUUGAGACAACUUCAAUUUGGAAUCGAAAAGGCAAAGAUAACUGUAAACCAAGUGCAAUGGCUGCUUGACCUAACCGGGCUUCCAUGUUUUCAUGCUUUGGUAUAGAAACAGUUAGUGGAUGUGCUAAAAGCCAAGUGCAAAAUUGAGAGUACUGCUCUUAUAGCCUCAAAAUAUGGUUGGAUGUGGACUUCAAAAUGUACUAUAUCAUUUUAAGAUUUUCAAUUUUGAACAUUUUGUUGAUUCCCCGUGAUUACAUUAA